CUGUUUGGAGUUAAUAAUAUUUUUGCUGCCUCUCAAAACAUGCCCGAAUAUCUGAGUUUAAAACCUAUAGAUACCAUUAGUGAAUCACAACUUCAUACAAAAUGGCUGACCAGGGAUUACUUUACUGAAAAACUUAGAAUCCAUUUAAAAGACCCAAGUUUGGAGGUGGUUUCUUUGAGUUCUUGUCCAGCUGUUGGAAAGGGCCAGAACUUUGGCAGUAUCAUGACUCGAGUUUUUGUUCAAUAUAAGACGAAUGGUGAUUUAGAGCCAAGAACAAAAUCGUAUAUCGUCAAGAGCUCCUUCGAAGGCGAUGACUUUGCGAACGAGGUGAUGAAGCCCUACAAUAUAUAUACUAGGGAAAUGGAUAUAUACCGGGAGAUCAUUCCCAAACUAAACGCUUUGCUAGAAGAGAUCGGUGACAUGGAUAAGAUGUUCCCGGAAACUAUUGCCGUUGACUAUGAUCUUUCGACAAUUAUUUUUGAAGACCUUUCCGAACGUCAAUACAUAAUGUGUGACAAAACAAAGGGCUUAGAUAUGGAUCAAACAAAGCUAUGUCUAAAGAAGCUGGCCAAGAUGCACGCAACAUCAGCUGUUUUGAAUGAACGUGAACCUGGAAUUUUCAACGGUUACGAUCGGGGGAUGUUCAAUCGAUACACAAAUUCUUACGGUCCUUUAUAUAUAGGAAAUUUAGAAGCUUGUUAUAAGACCGUAAGUCAGUGGAAGGACUACAGAGAAUAUGCAGAAAAACUACUUGCUCUCAAACCAAAACUUUUGGAAUACGGAAAACAAGCUUUCGAUCUUACUGACGGACAUGUAAAUGUCUUCGCUCAUGGAGACUUUUGGAUCAACAAUGUUAUGUUCAAUCAAGAACCAAACCAACAGCCAAACGAUGUCAUUCUGAUAGACUUCCAAUUUAGUUGCUGGGGGUCACCUGCAAUCGAUCUGCACUGGUUCUUCAAUACAUCACUUAAGGAAGACAUAAGGUUAUUUCAACAGGAUGAACUCUUCCACUAUUACUACAAGAUCUUUGUUGAAACCUUGAAAGCCCUUCGAUUCAAAGCUAAAAUUCCCAGUUUACACACAUUUCUGUUGCAUAUGGCUGAGAAGGAUUUUCUUGUUUUUAUAUCAGGAUGCUUGAUGCAUGCUUUAGUGCUAAAUGAAGAAGCUGAGGAUGCUGAUUUCCGAGCUUUAGUUGGCGAAGAUGAGCGAGCUAUGAAUUUCAAAUAUUCAAUUUUCAAGAACGAAAAAGUGCAAAAGAAUCUAAAGAGGCUACUUCCAAUUUUCGAUAGAAGGGGUCUAUUGGAUCACAGGGAUUGAUGAAGAGGACGUUUAAAGAUUUUGAUCAUUAACUGGUUUUAAAUAUGGGAAAAACGGUUAUAAAUAUUUAUAGUACUUUUAAGUAUGUACUAUAUACUUAACACUAAUUUUAAGAAAAAUAAAAACACUGAAAAUUUUAAAUCAAAACA